GUCACUGUCAUUAUGGAUUGUCAAAAGUGUCAAUAAUUAAAACUAUUUGUUGAUAUUGGAAUUACCUCAAUUCUAUUUAUUUAAAGUGUUAUUAUUUAUUAGUAAGUAAUAAGUAAUAUAAAAAUGAAAGCCCUUAUUCAACGUGUAAUGAACGCCAAAGUUACCGUAAACGAUGAAGUAAUUAGCAGUAUUGGACAAGGAAUGUGCGUCUUUAUCGGAAUAUCAAAUACGGAUAGUAAGAAAGACAUGGAAUAUAUUGUACGUAAAAUAUUGAGCAUAAAGUUAUUUGAUGAUGAAUCACAAAAGAAGUGGAAGAAGAAUGUAUCAGAGAGAGAUUUCGAAAUACUCUGUGUCAGUCAGUUUACUCUGUACAACACAUGGAAGGGUACAAAGCCAGACUUCCACCAUGCAAUGCCAGGCGAUAAAUCAAAGGAAUUCUAUGAAAACUUCUUACAAAUGUUGAAGAAUGCCUACAAACCAGAUAAAGUCAAAGAUGGCAAGUUCGCAGCCUACAUGCAGGUAAGCAUACAGAAUGACGGGCCAGUCACAUUCGAGAUAGAAUCACCAGCCAAUCUGCCCGAUCCCAAGGAACGAAAGUGCAAUAAUGGUACAAAAGUAGAAAAUAAAGAGAGUCAAGAAGAGAUUGUUGAUAAGGUAUAGAUAAUGAUAUUGAUAUUGUGUAGAAACUAUGAUAUUUAUAAUUGAUAUUAUUUAUAAGCAAUAAAUUAUUUUAUAAAAUGUUGAAAAAGAUAUUUGUUUUCCUAAAAUCUAGUUUUAACAUUGUACUUAGAUUUAUCGGUCAAUAAUUCAAUCCAAUCUGUAAUCUAAGAAAAAUGUGUACCUCGUUUUGAGGUAAAAACAUUAUCAUAAUCUUACUAAUAUUAUAAAUGCGAAAGUUUGUGAGUUUCUGUGUUUGUGUGUUCUAUGUUUGUUACUCAAUCACGUCAAAACAGCUGGAGGAAUCGGGAUAAAAUUUGGAACAGGGGUAAAUUAUGGUCUAGAAGCUGGCAGAAGCUAGUAAUAAAUAAAAACAACAACGUAAUUAAUAAAAAAACUUUAUUUUGAAAUAAUGGUUAUUAUCUAUUAACAUUUGUUACAAUUAGGCCAGUGAUUAUGCAAUUCAUGUUAGAUUAUAUUAAAAAGUUUUUACAAAGAUGAUAUGCCUACGCUACCUCUAUCAGGUCGUCACGCGACGCCGCUACGCAUAGAAACAUCAUUCUUCAUGCACACAUACGUGAUCAUCUGAUCAUGUUAACAGAUAAUCUACCAAAAAUUCAAAUCCGUCAUUACAUUAAUUUCUAAACGAGUAGAAAAUAAACUAAAAAAUAAAAUAAACUCGUAUAAAAAGUUUAAAUAAAUGCAUUUUAUAAAUCCCUCUAUUUAAAUAUUAAGAUAAUGAAAUUCAACAAAUGAGAUUAAAGACCCCUAUGCAGUGUCGAAUAUUAAAGAUUAUGUUAAUUUACUUGUAUCAAUUAGCUGGAGUGCCGCAUGAUUAUUAUUUCUAUACCGCGAAAUAUAGAUAUAUAAUCAUAAAUCUUCAUGCUUAGUACGUUACGCCUACACAAAUGUACAUCAAUUCUUAGAGAAUUUCCCUCGUCUCCGAUCAAGGCACUAAUCGUUUUGGUAUAUUGCUGAUACGUUUCCUCACUCCUAAAUUCACAAUAUCAAUGGGUUAACAUAUUCGUACAAGUGAAAGAGUACAAUUUCAAGUUCUUAAGAUAAUUCGACGCACAACUUGGAGAUCAUAAAUGAAACUGACAAUGGUAUUGAAAGAUCGCGCGAUUCUACAGUUCGCUGAUUAUGGUUCCCAAGUUCCACGUCGCGAAUCUAUUAACUUUACAAUAACUAUCGAAUAUUACUAUUACAAAAAUAUCUAUA